AUGUCGUCCAACAAAGUCGUGCUCUAUGACCUUCCCAGUAAACAGGGCGUCUCGUGGUCCUUGAACCCGUGGAAGACUCGCAUGGUUCUCAACUUCAAGAAGAUUGACUACGAAACCGACUGGGUCGAGUACCCUGACCUAGCUCCCCGAUGGAAAGCUCUCGGCAUCCCUCCCAAUGACAAAAAUGACCCAGGCUACUUUGCCGAUUACAGCAGCCCUGUCAUCAGAUAUGCCGACGGAAGCUACCAGAUGGACUCGUGGCUCAUUGCCCAUGCGCUCGAGAAGCAAUACCCGACUCCUUCUCUGCACCUCGACGAUCCCGUUGUGCUGCAGAUUCGGGAUCACGUCGCAGCCAUGACGAAGCCGCUUGUUCCAUUGGCUAUUUCCCAGGUGCCCGUGGUGCUGCUGAACAAGCCGAGCGCAGACUUCUUCUACGAGACGAGAGAGAAGGCGUUUGGCAAGCCGUUGGAGCAGGUGCGCAGCGAGGCCGACGAGGAAAAGUGCUGGGAAGAAGCCGCAGCUGCAGCCAAAGUGACGGGAGACUUGCUGCGCAAGAACGGAGGUCCGUUUUUCCUAGGUGAAACGGUGUCGUAUGCCGACUUUAUCUUUGUGUCGAUGGUGCACUUCCUCAGGUGCAUCGAUGAGAAGAUAUUCCAGAGAUAUGUGGCGCUCGACGAGACAUUCCCCAAGGUCUACGCUGCGUGUGAGCAGUGGUUGGGGAAGAAGGAUUAA